AUGGAAUCCAGGAUGUGGUCUACACUGUUGAUGUCCCACCUCCUCCCACUCUGGUCACUGCUCCUGCUGCCCUUCCCACCUCCAGCCCAGGGCUCAUCUACCUCUUCACCUCGUACCCCUUCAGCUCCUGCCCGUCCCCCAUGUGCCCGGGGGGGUCCCUCAGCUCCUCGACAUGUGUGUGUGUGGGAACGAGCACCUCCCCCAAGCCGGUCCCCCCGUGUCUCACGUUCAAGGCGUCAAGUACCACCAGAUACUGCACCCCCUGCCACUCCAUCUAGCUUUGAGGAGGGGCCACCUUCAUCCCAGUACCCCUGGGCCAUUGUGUGGGGCCCCACAGUGUCCCGAGAGGAUGGGGGGGAUCCCAAUUCUGCUAACCCCGGAUUUCUGCCAUUGGACUACUUCGCAGUUCCCCACGGUCUGGCUACCCCACAUCCCAACUCGGACUCCCUGAGACGUGGAGAUGGGGAUGGCAUCAUCCUUGGGGGAGCUCCUGCCACCCUUCGUCCAUUUCUGUUUGGUGGCCGUGGGGAAGGUGUGGAUCCCCAGCUGUAUGUCACCAUCACUAUUUCUAUCAUCAUUGUCCUAGUAGCCACUGGCAUAAUCUUCAAAUUCUGCUGGGACCGUAGCCAGAAGCGACGAAGGCCUUCGGGGCAGCAGGGUGCCCUACGGCAAGAGGAGAGUCAGCAGCCCCUCACUGACCUGUCCCCGGCAGGAGUCACUGUGCUGGGGUCCUUCGGGGACUCCCUCACACCUACCCCCGAUCGGGAGGAGCCCCACGGGGGACUCCGGCCUGUGCCCCCCCAGCCCAAGGGGGCCCCUGCUUUCCAGUUGAACCGGAUUCCCCUGGUGAAUCUGUGA